UUUGCGUGCUGUGCACAUGUCGAAUUUGGAGUUUCCUUGCUGCCGUCGGAUCCUCCAUUUUGGAUCGCAUCAAACAUCAACUCCACAUCCACCAUGCCCAAAGACAACAAGCCCAGGAAGCGCGAUAGCGCCCCUGCUAUCACCGACGCUCGUUUUGCCAGUUUCGAGACAGACCCGCGAUUCCAGCUGCCCUCGAAAAAGAACCUGAAGACCAAGCUCGACAAGCGUUUCUCCAAGGUCCUCAAAGAUGCAGAGUUCACCGCCGUCGCAAAGGUCGACAGGUACGGCCGCAAGCUAAAGACCGACACCAAGAAGAAGGCUCUGGAGCGGCUGUACGAAGACGAGAGCGAGGACGACACAGACAACGAGGACAAGGAGAAGCCCAAGAAGGAAAAGAAGGACAAGAAGGCCGACGCGGAAGACGAGAGCGACUUUGAGGUCGAGGACGACGACAUUGUCCAGCGCGAACUCGAGGCUGCCAAUUCAUACGACCCUGCCCGUGGCGGCGGUUUCUCUUCAUCCGAUGACGACUCCGACUCCGACGACUCAGAUUCCGAAGACGAACAGCUAGAGGCCGAGGACGAGGCCGAUGCGGAAACACGACCCGGUAUCCACUUGCGCAAGGAUAAGGAGGCUGUGGAGGAAGGUGAAAUUACAAACAGAGUUGCCAUCGUCAACAUUGAUUGGGACCAUAUCAAGUCGAUCGACCUAUUCGCCCUCUUCUCGAGCUUUGUGCCCCCAGGCGGUCGCAUCGAGAAGGUUUCCGUCUACCCCAGCGAGUUCGGCAAGCAGAGGAUGCAAAGAGAAGAGCUGGAAGGUCCUCCCCAGGAGAUCUUCAAGAAGAAGAACGACUCAGACUCCGAUUCCGACAGCGACUCCGAGGACUCAGACUCAGACGAGGCCAUCAAGAAGGAGCUUCUCGAGGAAGGAAACGACCAGGACUUCGACAGUGACGCCCUCCGCACUUACCAGCUCGACAGGUUACGUUACUACUACGCCGUAAUGGUUUGCUCCGACAAGAACACAGCACACAAGAUCUACGAGGCGACAGACGGCAACGAAUACCUCUCCUCUUCCAACUUCCUCGACCUGCGAUUUAUCCCCGACGAUGUCACCUUCGACGACGAGCCCAGAGACGAGUGCGACAGCGUCCCCGCAGGGUACAAGCCGGUGGAGUUCGUGACCGAUGCUCUUCAGCAUUCCAAGGUCAAGCUUACCUGGGAUAUGAACCCUGAAGAUUACGCGAGGAAAGAAGCUCUCAACAAGGCGUUCACCGGUAGCCGCAACGACAUUGCCGAGAACGACCUGCGCGCUUACCUUGCGAGCGACAGCUCAGACAACGAGGAGGAGGAGGAAUUCAAGGCCGAGGAGGCCGCCGCCGCCGAAGAAGCAGAAGAGGAGAAGACUUUGUCAAAGAAGGAGCUUGCCAGGCGCAAGAUGCGCGCAGCUCUCGGCCUUGCUGACGAGCCCGUAGUAAAGUCGAAGAAGGAUGCUCCGGUGGGCGAGAUGCAAAUCACAUUCACGCCAGCGCUUUCCGCCAACGACAAGAAGAAGGGAGAUGAGGAGAGAGAGGAGACAACGAUCGAAAAGUACAAGCGCAAGGAGCGCGAGAGGAAGGAGAGGAAGAGGCAGGAGAUGCUUGCUAGGAGGGAAGGACGCGAUCCUAAUGCCGCUCCUCAGCAGGAGGAAGAGCAAGGCGAAGGCGAAGGCGAAGAUCUCGGUUUCAACGAUCCCUUCUUCACCGCGGAGCCUGUGGCGCCUUCCAAGACGGCGAUCCGCAAGGAGGAGAGGCUCAAGAAGAAGGCCGAGAGGGAAGCUGAGGAGGCUGCCAACGCCGCCGAAAAGGCACAGCUGGAGCUGCUCAUGGCUGAUGAGAACGGUGAUGGUGGCCGUCUCGAUCACUUCGACAUGAAGCAGAUUGCCAAGGUCGAGAAGGUCAAGGGCAAGAAGAAGGGCAAGAAGGGCAAGAAGGGUGUUGAGGGCAACGAUGGUCUCCAGGAGGAGUUCGCCAUGGACGUCGAAGAUCCCCGUUUCAAGGCCGUCUUCGAGAGCCACGAGUUCGCUAUCGAUCCUUCUAACCCCAAGUUCAAGGCUACUCAGGGUAUGAAGAAGCUGCUUGAAGAGGGAAGGAAGAAACGCAAGAAUGGUCCUAGUGUCACGGAGAAGAGCGAGAAGAGUGAGAAGAGCGCUAAGAAGGUCAAGACUGACGAUGCGGAUAUCGAUGGUCUGAUCAACUCGGUCAAGAGGAAGGCGAAGGCGAAGAAAUAAUUGCAUCAUGGGUAGCAUAGUAAUGGCAAGUUUUUGGUUUCUGUUGGUUCUCAUCUAUCUAUUGUCCUUCACUGCCCACUCUUGCACAUGGUCGUCGGCUUGAGGUUGUUUAAGUUGAGCAGGUUUACUCCCUUUUUCGAUAAUGGCUGCCCCCUUUUCGUGGAUGGAGACGGAAUGACGUACGGCAACUUCGCAUCUCUUUCCCACCUCACCAAUGUCCCUAUCAUAUAACUUGUU